AUGUAUGUUACAAAUAUGUUUUUCGUGACAUUAUUAGUGCUGGUGAGUGUUGUUAGUGGGGAAGUGAACUCCACGGAGGGUGUGAGGGCGUCUCGCAUGGCGUGGAUGAAGGGUCUGCUGGAGCACCACGACUGGAUAAACAUAUUGAAUGGGAAUCAUUCAUUGCCGGAGAAGUGUGAAGCUGAUUUGAGGCAGUACAUCAUUGCUUUGAAUCAAGGACUUCUAUGGGCUUCUAAAAUUUACGAUGCAUCGGGCCAAUACACCCCUAAUAUACUGUUCGGAAACGAGUACUGGUUGGGAUCGCAGAAUGCGUGUCGCGAUCUGCAGCUCAAACAGUACUAUGCGCAGACGCCGCCCUUCCCGACUACGUUCUACGUGGCGAAGAUAAAUCUAACUGUUGACGGAGACCAUGUACCACAGACAAGGCCGAUGCUGGUCGGCCAAUGCGUGCCAGCUUCCUGCAGCAAAGAUGCAUUGAAAACACUAUUAGACUCGUCUGAAGCGUUAAUCGCCGGCCGCGCCGCCGCCGUUGGUAUCGACGCCUCUUUCACGACUCUCUACGUCCGCCCCGUGCCAGGCUCCUAUGACAUAUUAAAUGAUCCUAAAUUUCACAUACUUGGGGCUGCGAUGCUAGUUGUGGUGCUAUGGAUGUUCGUUGCUUCAGUCUACGAAGGCUACCUCGAACGUCGCUAUCGUCUCAAGGAACAAGAAGAUCUGGAACUCGCCAACAAUAAUCAUAAGCCCACUUCAAAUAAUAACGCAAACGAAGAUGAAAAAGUAUCAGACGAAGACAAUAAAGAUAAAGAUAUACGUCGAGAAACAUGCGGAAUGUGGUCCGAGAUUAUCCUCUCAUUUUCUAUUCUCUCCAACGGAAGAGCAAUUCUUGGCACCCAAAAGCCCAACGAUGGCGCCCUCACGUGUCUGCAUGGUAUGAGAUUUAUGUCAGUUUUGUGGGUAAUUAUGGUACAUACCUAUCUGACUAUAUUUUAUAUCGCUGAUAACAAGACAAUGAGAGUUGUAACUGAACGCAAUUUUCUUUACCAAUCUGUCGGCAAUGCCUCGUAUUGCGUUGAUACUUUCUUCUUUAUAAGCGGGCUUCUCGUUACUGUUCUAUUCUUGAGGACGGAAGAUAAAAAAGCAAGUAGAAAAUUAAAUAAAAAGCCAGAAAGCGCCGAUAAGGAUAUAAACAAGAAUCUAAACGGCUACACGAAUUCUGCAUUAUCGGUCUCCGUUAUAAGCCAAGAAACGUUCUACGAAGAUUUACUUGAUCAGCCAACGUCUAAGGGCUACUCCAAACAGGAGAUUGUCAGAAUGACCAAAUCUUUUUUCGUGCUGUUUCUUUAUCGAGUUGUAAGAUUAACUCCAGCAUAUGCGUUUGUUAUUGGACUGAACGAAUUGGCACUUCGAUACACACAUGAUCACACGGUAUUCGAACCCGCCAUUUUCGACCACAUCAAUUGCGACCUCUACUGGUGGCGCAACUUGCUAUAUAUUAAUAAUUUAUUCCCGCAAAAGGACAUGUGUAUGGUGUGGUCCUGGUAUAUGGCAAACGACACGCAAUUUUAUGUUAUUGGUAUUAUAUUAUUAUUAAUAUCUGUAAAACAUAUAAGGUUCGCAAUGGUAUCGCUGAUCCUGGUGCUGGUUAGUUCCUGGGCAACCACUAUCUACGUAUCAGUGUGGCACCAAUACAAAGCUCGCAUACAGGAACCCUUCGAAAUGUUCGAUCCCCUUUAUGACAAACCUUGGUCAAGAAUCGGACCGUAUUUGGUCGGGAUGAUGGUAGGAUGGUACCUCCAUAAGACUAAGUGUCAAGUACGAAUUCCGUACUGGCUCGUGGCGGUAGGCUGGCCUACAGCGCUGGUCAUAAUCACAAGCUUGAUCUUCGGCAUGGUGGACGGGUACUUUGAAGUAUGGCCUACUGCAUUUUACGUAAGCGUUGGGCACACAGGAUGGGGAGUGGCUUUAGCAUGGAUAUCCGUCGCGUGUUGCUGCGGCUACGGUGGGUUGAUAAAUUCGGCGCUCUCGUACCGAGGCCUGUUGCCUCUGAGCCGACUCACGUACUGCGCCUACCUCGUGCACCCCACUAUUAUGAUGUAUACCUCCUUCCUACUCGACGGCCCUUUGCACUUGCAAAAUUCUAUGGUUCUAACAAUAUACGCCGGUUACGCGGUAAUGGCUUUUCUGGCUUCGUUUGCUAUAUCACUAGCCUUCGAAGCACCAGCUGUGCGUCUACUGAAAAUCAUCAGCGCUGGAGACAGAAGUAAAAAAUCCGUCGAUUAAUCGCAUACAAAUUAAACUGCAUCAUUAUUAAACAUGAAACACUGGACUUAAAAAAAAAAAAAAACAAUUUUUGUCUUUGUCUUUCUUGAUAAUUUGCCAUUAGUAUGACAGAGACGAUAUAUUGUUUAACACUUCCAUAGUUUUUAUGUUUAUUAAUAUGUGCGAAGAGGAUGAGCAUCGUUCGACUCUGAACUAUGUAGCUCCAGGGAAUUCCACAGCAUAGUAGUUC